UUGAAGAAGAAGAUUUGCCAGCAGGGAGACGCAGAAACUAUACAUUAUAUAUAGCAAAUAUAUAGUUUCCUGCAAAAUUGCAGCCAACAAGGAGUCCAGUGGUUACAUUUCCAGCACUCCCGAACACGUCCAACUAUGCAGUCCCGGGCUGUAGCUAGGCCAUGGCUGUUAAUGGUCUUGCUGGUGGCCCUCGUUCUGGUGACCGACUGCUUCUACGUGCCCGGCGUGGCGCCGGUAGAGUUUGUCCAGGACCAGAAGAUCGAUGUAAAGGCGGUAAAGAUGACCAGCAGCCGCACCCAGCUACCUUAUCAGUACUACUCGCUGAAGUUCUGCUAUCCCAAGAAUGGCACCCUGAUUUUUAAGUCGGAGAAUCUGGGCGAGGUGCUACGCGGCGACCGGAUUGUCAAUACACCCUACGAGGUGCGGAUGAAUCAGCAGGUUAACUGCCGCCUGCUCUGUAACCAGAAAGACAGACCGCUCACCUGGAGCAAGGCGGACUCUGCUUUAGUGGCAGAGCGCAUCCAGCACGAGUACUUUGUACAUCUGCUGGUGGACAACCUUCCAGUGGCCACGCGCAUCGUUAGCGUUAACAAUCCCGCUGAGGUGACCUACGAGCACGGAUACCGCUUGGGUCAGGUGGAUGGGGAUAACAUCUACAUCAACAACCAUCUGAAGUUCAUACUAUCCUACCACAUGCACUCCAAAGAUAAGUACCGCGUUGUUGGAUUCGAGGUGGAAACGGUAUCAGUCAGUCACAAAGAGCUUAAAUUUCAUGGGGACACAUGCAAUUUUCCGGAUAGCGCCCGGCCGCAGUUGGUCAAUCCCAACGGAGAGACCCAAUUGUACUUCACCUACUCUGUAGAGUGGAAGGAAUCUAAGGUGAGCUGGGCCUCGCGAUGGGACAUCUACCUAGGCAUGCGAGACGUCCAGAUUCAUUGGUUCAGCAUCAUAAAUUCGCUGGUGGUGGUCUUCUUCCUCUCCGGAAUUCUCACCAUGAUCAUGAUUCGUACACUCCGAAGGGACAUUGCUCGUUACAAUACUGAUGACAACAUUGAGGAUACGUUGGAGGAGACCGGCUGGAAGCUGGUGCACGGCGAUGUCUUCCGUCCACCCAAGAACACUAGACUGUUUUCUGCAAUAAUCGGCAGUGGCAUUCAGAUCUUCUUCAUGUCGCUGAUAACCAUCUUCUUUGCCAUGUUGGGCAUGCUUUCACCUUCGUCACGAGGUGCCCUUAUGACCUCCGGCAUAUUCAUGUAUGUUUUCAUGGGAACCAUCGCAGGAUACUACGCAGCCCGUCUUUACAAAACAAUGAAGGGUCGCGAAUGGAAACGAGCAGCCUUCCUCACGGCAACGCUCUAUCCAGGCAUUGUCUUUGGCACUGGAUUCUUUUUAAAUUUCUUCAUCUGGGACAAGUCUUCUAGCGGUGCCGUGCCCUUUACCACCAUGAUUUCACUGUUGCUGCUUUGGUUUGGCAUAUCAGUGCCUCUGGUCUACCUAGGUUUCUAUCUGGGUUACCGAAAGCAGCCGUAUCAACAUCCAGUGCGCACAAACAUGAUUCCGCGGCAAGUGCCUACACAGCACUGGUAUAUGAAUGCGGUCUUGAGCACUCUAAUGGCUGGUAUCUUGCCUUUCGGCGCCGUCUUCAUUGAACUAUUCUUUGUGUUCACUGCCAUCUGGCAGAAUCAGUUCUACUACCUAUUCGGUUUCCUAUUCUUGGUUUUUUGCAUCUUGGUUGUAAGCUGCGCCCAGAUCUCUAUAGUUAUGACAUAUUUCCAACUUUGUGGCGAGGACUACCGCUGGUGGUGGCGCAGUUUCGUUGUAUCUGGUGGCUCGGCCGUCUACGUGCUUUUUUAUAGUAUCUUCUACUUCUUCACAAAGCUGGAGAUCACAGAGUUUAUACCGACGCUGCUAUACUUGGGCUAUACGGGCCUAAUGGUGCUAACUUUCUGGUUGCUAACCGGCUCGAUUGGUUUCUUCGCUGCCUACGUUUUCAUUCUGAGAAUCUACGGAGCUGUGAAGAUCGACUAAAGAAGCUGUGUCAUCCACUCACCACGCUGUACACCAAACUAUCCUUGCAAUAUCAUUCGAUCAUAAAUAUAUUUAUAGAGCAACUGUACCACGUCUGCGUCCAGCUGCAAAAAUCAAAACAAACAAAAAUUAAAACUAAAAAGAAACUCGACGACUCAGCCAUGUGAGCUAACUUCCCCUUCUUGUCCCAGCUUCAAAAAGCACCCAAUGAGUAACCACUUACUAAGUCAAAACACGAUAUUCGCAUGUAUGUCUUGACCCCUGGAAGUGGCUCGAUUUGCGAGAGCGUUGCGUUUUAGAAUCAAUCUAGAAAUGCCUAAUUUAUAUAUGUAUGUAAAGAAUCUAAUCUAAGAAACUGAUAUAAAAACAAACAAUUAAAUAAACUAAGCUUAAUGUAAAA